AUGGAGUCGGUAAAACAAAGGAUUUUGACACCAGGAAAAGAGGGGCUAAAGAAUUUUGCUGGAAAAUCCCUCGGCCAGAUCUACAGGGUGCUGGAGAAGAAGCAGGACGCCGGGGAGACCAUCGAGCUGACGGAGGAUGGGAAGCCCCUGGAGGUGCCUGAGAAGAAGGCGCCGCUGUGCGACUGCACGUGCUUCGGCCUGCCGCGACGCUACAUCAUCGCCAUCAUGAGCGGCCUGGGCUUCUGCAUCUCCUUCGGCAUCCGCUGCAACCUGGGCGUGGCCAUCGUGGACAUGGUCAACAACAGCACCAUCCACCGCGGGGGCAAGGUGAUCAAGGAGAAAGCCAAAUUCAACUGGGACCCGGAAACCGUAGGGAUGAUCCACGGUUCUUUCUUUUGGGGCUAUAUCAUCACCCAGAUUCCGGGCGGCUACAUCGCUUCUCGGCUGGCAGCCAACAGAGUUUUCGGAGCUGCCAUACUUCUUACCUCUACCCUGAAUAUGCUAAUCCCAUCAGCAGCCAGAGUGCAUUAUGGGUGUGUCAUCUUUGUUAGGAUACUGCAGGGACUUGUUGAGGGUGUCACCUACCCAGCAUGUCAUGGGAUAUGGAGCAAAUGGGCUCCCCCUUUAGAGAGGAGUCGAUUGGCAACCACCUCCUUUUGUGGAUCCUAUGCUGGAGCUGUGAUUGCAAUGCCUUUAGCUGGCAUUCUUGUGCAGUAUACUGGCUGGUCUUCCGUAUUCUAUGUCUAUGGAAGCUUUGGAAUGAUCUGGUACAUGUUUUGGCUUUUGGUGUCCUAUGAGAGUCCUGCAAAGCAUCCUACUAUUACAGAUGAAGAACGUAGGUACAUAGAAGAAAGCAUUGGAGAGAGUGCAAAUCUUUUAGGUGCAAUGGAAAAAUUCAAGACUCCAUGGAGAAAAUUUUUUACAUCUAUGCCAGUCUAUGCAAUAAUUGUUGCAAACUUCUGCAGAAGCUGGACUUUUUAUUUAUUGCUUAUUAGUCAACCAGCAUAUUUUGAGGAAGUCUUUGGAUUUGAAAUCAGCAAGGUUGGCAUGCUCUCUGCUGUGCCACACUUAGUAAUGACAAUCAUUGUACCUAUUGGAGGGCAGAUUGCAGAUUUUCUAAGAAGCAAGCAAAUUCUUUCAACUACGACAGUAAGGAAGAUCAUGAAUUGUGGUGGUUUUGGCAUGGAGGCAACGCUGCUUCUGGUUGUUGGUUAUUCUCAUACUAGAGGGGUAGCAAUCUCAUUCUUGGUACUUGCAGUGGGAUUCAGUGGAUUUGCUAUUUCUGGUUUCAAUGUCAACCACUUGGAUAUUGCUCCAAGAUAUGCCAGUAUCUUAAUGGGCAUUUCGAACGGUGUUGGCACAUUGUCAGGAAUGGUUUGCCCUAUCAUUGUUGGUGCAAUGACAAAGAAUAAGUCGCGUGAAGAGUGGCAGUAUGUCUUCCUGAUCGCUGCCCUAGUCCACUACGGUGGAGUUAUAUUUUAUGCAAUAUUCGCCUCAGGAGAGAAGCAACCCUGGGCAGACCCUGAGGAAACAAGUGAAGAAAAGUGUGGCUUUAUCCAUGAAGAUGAGCUCGAUGAAGAAACAGGGGACAUUACUCAAAAUUAUAUAAAUUAUGGUACCACUAAGUCUUAUGGUGCCACAACACAGGCCAAUGGAGGUUGGCCUAACGGUUGGGAAAAGAAAGAGGAAUUUGUACAAGAAGAAGUACAAGACUCAUACAACUAUAAGGACCGAGAUGAUUAUUCAUAA